AUGGAAACCCUAAUGGUGGACCGCGUCCACAGCAGCCUCCGCCUCUUCAUGCACCGCAACGCCAUAUUCCUCUGCGAGCGCCUCUGCGCGCAGUUCCCCUCCGAGACCAAUGUGCAAUUGUUAGCGACCUGCUACCUCCACAACAAUCAGCCAUAUGCUGCAUACCACAUUUUGAAAGGGAAGAAGCUGCCGGAGUCCCGGUACUUGUUUGCUACAUCAUGCUUUCGAAUGAACCUCUUGCGUGAAGCAGAAGAAACUCUAUGUCCAGUCAAUGAACCAAACAUGGAGGUUCCAAGUGGAGCAACAGGACACUACCUCCUUGGAGUGAUUUACAGGUGCACAGGCAGAAUUUCAGCUGCAGCUGAACAAUUUACACAAGCGUUGACUCUAGAUCCUCUUUUAUGGUCGGCAUAUGAAGAAUUGUGUAUAUUAGGUAUUGCUGAAGAUACUGAUGAGUGUUUUAGUGAAUCGACUGCUCUACGUCUCCAGCAGGAACACACAUCCACGCCCACUCUGGUGAAGUCGAAUUUCGCCAAUGAAAAUCGAGUUCUAUCAUCCAGGGUCUCUGCGAGUCUUCGGGAUAUUAGUCCUAAGCAAAUCAAACAGCUUCAUGCUAACAACAUAGCAGAAGUAUCUGGCUAUCCUCAUGUAAGACCAACUGCAUUGCAUGUGCAGAACAGUUCAACCUCUAAUGUACCACAGUUUGACACCCCAUCACCAACUGCAGCACAGACUUCUAGUAUCAUGCCACCACCACUCUUUAGGAAUGUCCAUGCUUAUCAGAAUACAAUAAGUGGCGAUGCUCCCACGAAGCAGAAAGCUAAUGGAGUAAACCAGCCACUUAGAAGGAAAUACAUGGAUGAAGCAAGGCUCAAGAAGGUUUCCGGAAGGUUGUUUAAUAGUGAUUCAACUUCAAUACCUCGAAGAAGUGAAAGACUUAAAGAUACAGCAACAAAUUCAAAUUCAAAUACCUCUCAAUUUGGAGGGAAUGGUACAGGUCAUUCGUCAGGAAGUAGAUAUGAAGUCAUUGAUGAAAUGUGGACAGACAAUAUAUCAGGAACUUCAUCUUCUGUGAGUACAGCUGAUGGAAGAUCCUUUGAGCAAGAUAAAGCUGAACGAAUUCUGUUGCAAGACUCCAAAUUGGCACUUGGUAUUAGGGAGCUAUUGGGACUUUUCCGAACACUCGGGGAAGGUUUUAGGCUUUCUUGCUUGUUUAAGUGCCAGGAAGCAUUGGAAGUCUACAGAAAACUCCCUGAGUCGCAGUUUAACACUGGAUGGGUUCUAUGCCAGGUUGGUAAGGCAUAUUUCGAAUUAGUUGAUUAUUUGGAAGCUGAUCGUUACUUUGAAUUGGCACACCGACUGUCGCCUUGUACGCUCGAUGGAAUGGACAUCUAUUCUACUGUUCUUUAUCAUCUGAAUGAGGAAAUGAGACUAAGCUACCUUGCUCAAGAGCUUAUUUCCAUUGAUCGACUAUCUCCUCAAGCAUGGUGUGCAGUGGGCAAUUGCUUUGCCUUGAGGAAAGAUCAUGAGACUGCUUUGAAGAAUUUUCAACGUUCGGUACAGCUUGACUCAAGAUUUGCAUAUGCUCACACUCUAUGUGGUCAUGAGUAUUCUGCAUUGGAGGAUUAUGAGAAUAGUAUCAAAUUCUACCGGUGUGCACUGCAGGUAGAUGAAAGGCACUACAAUGCCUGGUAUGGCCUUGGGGUGGUGUAUCUUCGCCAGGAAAAGUUUGAGUUUGCUGAGCAUCAUUUCAGAAGGGCAUUUCAGAUAAAUCCUCGCUCUUCUGUCCUCAUGUGCUAUCUUGGGAUGGCGUUGAAUUCUCUUAAGAGGAACAAGGAGGCAUUGGAAAUGAUGGAGAAAGCUAUAGCAGCUGAUAAAAAGAAUCCACUGCCCAAGUAUCAGAAGGCCUUAAUCCUUCUAGGUCUUCAGAAGUAUCAAGAAGCUCUGGAUGAGUUGGAGCGGCUAAAGGAGAUUGCACCUCAUGAGAGCAGUAUGUAUGCACUGAUGGGAAAGAUUUACAAGCAACUCAAUAUCCUUGACAAAGCUGUUUUCUGCUUUGGCAUUGCCCUGGAUUUGAAACCUCCUGCUGCUGAUCUUGCUAUAAUUAAGUGGUGA